AUGGUGGACCAGACGACUUCGGUGCCACCACCCACUUCGUCCCCAUCGUUACCUCCGAGUUUAGAUAUCAGCGCAUUAGAAUCAGACUUGCAAGCAUCUCGUUGUGCAUUCACACCUCCGACCUUGGACAGGGUUCCUCGGCCCUGGGAACGCAGACCCGCUACUCCAUUCGCGCCACGUACGGAAACACAUAAGAUUUGGAAGAGAUGUGAGCGGGUUGCUGGUCAAUUGAGUAGAUCACAAGCGAAGACCAUGAACGGGCAUGACGAGAGACUGCGUAUGGUGAAGAGGUUGAGAGUUGACAGUUUGCACAGUGGUGACGAAGAAAGGGACGGUAGCUGUGAUGAAGGAUUUGUUGGUACCAAAUUCGAGGAAUUAGACUGCGAAGGAGAGGAGAGACGGAGGAAGCUCGCCAAUGCUACACCGUGUAAAGACUUGUGCGUCAAUGAAGGCAAGAAGCAAAGCAGAGGAAUAUUGCCUACAGAAAGCAAUAGCAGAUAUAGCGCCGCGAGAACCACCGCCACAUUUGAUGGAAGCGCUAGUCCGACUCCACCAAGAAGGAUAUGUAGUGGAGGGCCUACAAUCCUUGCCGACGACGACGAACCUGCAGCCAAGGGAAGAGAGCUCCAGGAAAAGCAAUUCAUACAAGAAACAGACCAGGAUUCAAUUCCUGGCAAGAUCCAGGCGCUGCAUGGUUGUAUUGGAGAUACUGCUUCAUUUGUCGCAGAGAAGGCCAAAAUUUCUCUUCUGGCCGACGGCGAGGAUACGGAAUACCUACAUGCGUUCCUUACCCGGGCCAGAGCCAAGAAGGCCGCCAGGAAUUUACCGAGUUCACAGAGACAGGUAAGCAAAGAAAAGCAGAAACAGACAGCAUCUUCGCCACAAACACGAUCUCGAACAGUUCUGGCUACUCUUGACAGGAAUUCGCCAUCACCAACCAAGACCAGAAAGCUCGACACGCCAGGUGACAGAUUUGAGCAAGACCAGACCAUGUUAUCCGACAUGAAAGCAACCUCACCUGUACGCAAAGGCGGUCGAGCCCGGCUGCCUCAACCUCAACCUCAAUGGCAUCAGCCCGCUACCCAAAGCAGCUUUCCUUUCCGUCGCUCUAACGGGACAGAGUUCGUCUUCCUCCAAAAAACAGAGGCGCAACAAAUUGCGAUAGCUACAAGGUCGAAUACCAAAAGAAACAAAGGAGACGGUAUGCACCCAAGGAAGAAGCUUGAAGCACUGUCAUCCCAACAAAAGCCAUCGCCGGCGAAGACAGCCAGACGGAAGAAGAAUGGCAAGCGGGUGCUUUGGGAUGAGGGAUUAGCAUACUUUGCACCAGGGGAGCUUCAAGCUUCGGACGUGCCUCGGGAGCAGACCGAAGCCGAAACGCCAGUAAAGAGAAGUAGGCGGCUUGCGCCCGGGAGAGGAACUCCAGCGCCUAAGAAGAAGAUGGCCGAUGCAGCCAUUGAUGCAGCGACACCGCUUCCUCCUCAACCACCACCAACAAGAAUACGAACACGAGCAAUGGCGAGAGCCUGA